AUGUGUGGAAAACCCGGCUAUACAAAAAAGAAUUGUCUCAAAGUUAGAAAGACUAAAAAGAUUAAUAAUAUUACUAGCUCUCAAUACGAAUAUAUAGGCCAAAGCCAAUCAGAAAAAGAUAUAGAAUAUAUAAUUAAUGAAAGUGAUCAAGAAGAAAGUAGCCAAGAAGAAAGUAAUCAAGAAAAUAAACCCAAUAAUUAUGCCACUAUUUCAUGUAAAGUAUAUGAUUUAGAAAUACCUCAUGUAUUACUUGAUACAGGUUUAGAUGGGUCACAUAUUUCUGAAAAUAUCGCAAACUAUUUUAUAAAAUAUUUUGGGCUUAAAAUAGACAGAAAAAAGGUUUAUAGACUAACAGGGGCAGUAGGAGAAAAACAAUCUAUUGGGACCUUUUCAGAUAUUCCUGUUACUAUAGGUAUUGGAAAUGAUACUUUAAUAGUUUCUGAUAAGUUUUCUGUUUUACCAACAGAAAAAGAUAGCAAUAGUAAGGAUAUAUCACUAUUCAUUCUUG